GCACCAUGGUCCAGCAAGGAAUCCUGGCUUGUUGUUACUUGUUUCUCUAUAACUUUUGCUUUUGCUUUUUUCUAUUUCAGAGAUUUCACUUCCCUGAGCAAGGAAAACGUCUUUGAGAAUAAUGCUCUGGCUUUCCGAGUUGCGGAGAAGGAGCUUGGCAUCCCGGCUUUGCUGGACGCUGAAGAUAUGGUGGCCCUCAGGGUGCCCGACCGGCUGAGCAUCCUCACAUACGUCUCCCAAUAUUACAAUUACUUCCAUGGCAAGUCACCCAUUGGAGGGAUGGCUGGGAUCAAGCGCCCGGCUUCCCAGCCCAGCGAGCAGCCGACCGAGAAAAAAGUGGUUCCCGAGCCGAAGGCCCCGAGUUCAACGCAACCGUCCAAGCCAGCUUUUCUUCUUGAACCCAAAGCACAGCCAGCUGCGGUGGGGCGUAGGCUGGCGAUGGAUACCUCUCCGGCAGCCGAAAGACGGGUCUUAGCUGAGAAGAACAAUGCCCAACUGAGCAACUGCACCAUUUGUGGAACUCAUGUCCACUUGGUGCAACGCCUCCUGAUGGACGGGAAGCUGUAUCACAGGAAUUGCUUCAGGUGCAAAAAAUGCUCCAGCACUUUACAGAGUGGCAACUACAAAGCUGGACUUAGCCCGGGCACUUUCCUUUGCAACCGCCACGCAGGGGAUGACCUCGCUCAGGUUCCUCCUGCCCCAGAGAACCAGACAGAGAAGAAGACUGCCCCUUUGAAGACCCCCGCAGGGAACGGUGGGAAGGGGCUCAAACCAACGCAGGCAGCCUCUCCCGUGCCCAAACCACGUCGGAUCUUCCAGAACAAUGUGACUCCCCAACCGCCAACCGCCCAGGGACCAUCCAAUUCCCAGAGUCCUAAAACCAUCAGGGGGUCCACAAGUCCGAAUUUCCCUCGCUUGCACCCUCCUACCCCAAUACCAGAGCACCCCGUGGCUUCCUCUUCGACGGAGGUGCGCUCGAGAAUCCAACAGGCGCGGGAGAAGUUUUUCCAGGCUGAUCCAGGCUCUUCCGCCUUCCCUGUGAGAAAACCUGAACCGGCGAAAAAUCACAACUCUCCUAUCCUGCCUGCCCAAGCCCCUGAGAAAAGUGCCAGCUCUCGAACUCAGGUCCCCAUCAGCAGCAGCAGCAGCAGCGACAGCAAGAAAGACGAAGCCCGCAGCAUCCUUCAGCGGGUCUUACUUGUACCGCAGCCCUCGACCAACCAGCCGAGGGGAGUUGGCGCUGUGGAGCCCCAAUCUUUGCCAUACAACAGACCAUCAUCUCCUGCCCUCUCUGGUUCACGGGGUCUGCACCCCCAGUAUCCCCCAGCUAGCAAACCUUUUAACAAGCCAGCUUUUGCAGACGCACUGAGACCGGCAGAAACAUCGCGUCCAGUUGUGAAUCUCCCCAAGGAUCCUAGCCACAAACUGGGGAUCGGAGCUGAGCCCCAGAACAAAAUCAAGAAUGGGCCCAUCGGCACAUCGGCCAACGCUGGGCGUAAAUCGGACACCAAGGUGGUUAAAGCGAAAGGCACCUGGGAGGCAGAAGAGAAAUUGGAGAGCCCGGAAGACUGGAGAUCAAGGCUGAAACCGGUCAAACUCCCCCGCCAGGACGAAGCCAAGCAUUCCCCAAAACCUUCGGAGGUGGAGAUCAACAUACAGGUGAAACCAAGACUGAACGACAACAAGGCGUCUCUUUCUGUCCUCUCCCCGGCGGUUCCCAAUUCUGCACCACUGGCUGUCCAACCCCAGAAGAAGAAGCUGUUGGUGCCACCUCUGGAUAUCUCCAACAGCUGGCAGAAAGGGAAGGUGCUGUGGGAGUCUCAGCCAACCCCGGCCAAAGCAGAGAAAUGGAGCCCAUCAAAAACAGUCGUUGCGACCGCCCAACCGUCCUCUCUUGGAACCUUCUGGAAGACUCCGAGGGAUCCAGUGGUCUCUCCCAUCAAGCUCCACCCGGAUUACGUCCCCGAGGAGGAGAUCCAGAAGGAAAUCCGGCAGAUUGAAAGAGAUCUGGACAAGCUGGAGCGGAAGGGGAUAACCUUGGAGAAGCAGCUGCGGGCUUGUGAGGGAGAUGAUUCCGAAGAUGCCCUGAUGGUGGAGUGGUUCAAACUGAUCCACGAGAAGCAGAUCUUGCUGAGACGAGAAUCCGAGUUGAUGCACAAGAUAAACCAGCAGAAACUAGAAUUAAAGCAGUGGGAUAUCGAGACCGAACUACGCGCUCUCAUUGGCAAAGCCGAUUACUUGAAGACCCCGAAGGAGAAGACUCGAGAGAAGGAACUCCUUGACUCGUAUUUGGACACGGUCAACAAUCGGAACAAAAUUGUAGAAGACUUGGAUGAGGACAGACUCAGGGAGCUGGAAGAAGACGAGAUAUUCGUUGACAUGAUCAAGAAGUUUGGUGUGUCUCGGAGCCCCCAGGAAAACGAAAAAAAGAAAAACAAGUUUGCCUUUCUCCGGACAUCGAAACCCAAGAACUGAAUCCUACGGGGAGGAAUACAACCGAAGGAGCUUCCAUCACCUACGGAUCCAUUUGCUGUUCGGAUAACUUUGUUCCUUAAGGAGGAUAAGUUUCGGGGGCCGCCCCACGGAGGGAAAAGAGUAGAAGCAGAAGCGGAAGGAGAUUUCCCAGGAAAUCCAGCGGUGCUUGAAUAGCGAGGAGCAAAGCCUCGGUGGGAAAUACAGGCUCUGAAUGAAACAACCCCUUUGCCUUUUGAAAAAUUGGCCCAAAAUCCGAGUGAAGUUUGAACAUCUUCAACCGGACGUUUUUCAGGAGCUCAGAAGCGAAAACUUUUCCAGGGAUGGCUUUUUUCUCCCCCAACUGCAGGAGAAUUGGGGGUAUAUGGCUGCCCCUCGUUUUUUUUUUUCCCCUGUACCGUUUUAUUUUUCCAUGAAGAGAAAAAUUCCCCUCCCUAUUUUGGAUCAAGCGGCAAUAAAUAGAUUUCUUCCAGUUCCCCUCCGAGCGAGGAUUUAGGUCCGAUUCCCUGGGAGAGAAACCGCUUUCUGGACACCAGGUGGCGCCACCGCUCUCAGCAGGCCUCUUGUUUGCAAGGGACUUCAGGGAGGGAAAAAUUCUCAGGAAAUUUUCAUUCAAAAAUCGUCACAAUCCCCUCCACCCCGUGUGCUUCUUCUAGUUUCGUGGUUUGGAGAACCAGAUUCGCUCCAGAACUGGCCUGUGGGAUGAUCCCAACGGGCUUUUUUUUUUUUUCCUUUUUCUACUUUUGUACAUUGUAAUAAAUGUAGAAGGUUUGUGAAUUUGGAGGACAGCGAUGGUAGAAGUCCAAACUUUUUAUAAAAUCUAGAUGUCACCUCCUGGCUGGCCCAGAAGUACAAAGGUGAGGCCAUUUGGAGGAGGAGG